AAGACCAAUAGAGGAGAGAAACACACAGAAUUAGCCAUAGAAGAAAAAUGGAAAAGAACUUGGCAAUCGUUGCAGUUGUUCUCACCGUGUCUUGCUUGUCAUCUUUGGCCUAUUGCGACGACGGCGACAGUGACGGCAUCAAUGUUGAGGGACAAGUGUAUUGCGACCCAUGCCGUGUUCAGUUCCCAACCAGAGUCAGUAAACCGAUGGAAGGCGCCAAAGUAAAAUUGGAGUGCAGGAGUCGUGAAAAUGAAACCGUCGUGUACACGCUUGAAGGAGAGACCAAUGAUAAAGGCACCUAUAGCCUUCCUGUGCAUAAAGACUUUCAGGAGCAGAUUUGUGAGGUGACAACAAUGGAAAGCCCGAAAGAUGAUUGCAAUGAAAAAUUCGACGAUAUUGAAAGAGCUAGAAUUUUGAUCACAAAAAAGAAUGGCAUCGAAUCCAAGACUCGUUAUGCCAACCCCCUUGGGUUCAUGAAGAAAGAAACUAGUGACGAGUGCAAGGAAGUUCUUAAGGAGUUGUUCCCGGACGAGGACGACAUGCCAGAAGAAUUUAAGAAAAAGAUCGGGGAAUCCAAAUGAUUAUAUCAAAAGUAUCAUAAUGUGAACAAUUUACAUAUAAUCUGAGGGAAGCAUACAGUCCCUCUCCACCAUAUCAUGUUUCCAGUUUUGAUCAUACAGAAACCUGUAAAACCAUAGUUACAUGCUCACAACAUAUGCACAACAAUCAUAAAAGGAUUAAGGUUUACCUUCAGCAAUAACAGACAUGGAUUCCAUCUUA